ACUACCCAGGGGCGGACUGACUAUUUGAGCAUUUGGGCACUGCCCGAGGGCACGGGGUCAGAAGGGGCCCCAUGAGAUGCCCCUGGUACCUUUCAUAGGCUUUUUUGGGUGUGGUUUGAGUGUGCGCGAGGACACAGGGGCCCCAUGAUCCCCUAUUGCCCGGGGGGCCCCAUGAGUUGUCAGUCCGCCCCUGCUACUACCUACUGGAUUGUACAUGCACGGGCGAUCAAAUGGUUAACUUUGUGCAGGAAGUGUUUUACUAGGGGGCGGGGGGUGUGUGCAUCACUGUAAGCACACUGCUCUGGAUGGGUGUGCAGAGCCAUCCAGAGCAG